UGCGCAUUCAUGUGACACACUUCGUCGAAUACGGAGGUUUUAUUACUAACUUCUUCAACGAAACAGUUUAAAAGGACUUUCUCAACAAAUCGGACGUUUUGAUCUGUGUGAUUUUUAUUGAGUUUUAAAAAGGAAAUCGUCAAAAUGGGAAUGAUUUCUCGAGUGCGCGGACGCAUACGUAGUGACUCCUUCUCGAAGUUUCACACGCUGAAAUCAGAGGACAAAAUCGCUAACAUCGUAUGGCUGUUAUCAGUCGUGCUGCUGUUGCCGUAUUGGGCCCCGCGGGGCCUACUCCUUGCCUUGGGUGGGGCCUGGCUGAUGGCAGCAUACACCUGCCUGGUAGUGCCUGUGCUCAUCUCCGCCAACUAUCGCUACCCGGCGCGCUGGUACCCUGCCGUCGUCAAUCUUGCCCGAAGAGCGGCAAACAGACUGCGCGCGCCGGUCGCGUGCGUGUUGAGUGUGUUGAGGGCUGUGUACGCGCCGCUCGAGCGAGCUGAAAAGCUGUUCAUACAGAUGAACAAUCUAUCUACCAUGAUCAGCCAGUUGCUGAUCUUCACGGCGUGCGACCGUCUGUUCGUGGCGCAGGGUCGGCUGACGUCACUGUACUCGCUUAUGUUCUACAACGUGAUCACCUACUCCGUCAGCUACGUGCGCGAGAUCUGCACCAAGGAGGACUGGUCCCCUUACGUCAACGUCACGCGCCACUCCCGCGUCAAACACCUCGCCAUGUCCGCCACCAAGAUCGUCCUCGAGUGGACCAAAGCCGUCACCUUCAUUGUCACCAUUACCUUCAUCCUCCUCACCUUAGGACUCGAACAAGGCCUGGAGCACUACCGCCCCACAAUCCUCUACACGAUUAUUACAGGAACCUACUAUUUACUAUCAGAAAGAACGUUCCUGGAACUUUGGCCGACAGCGUUAUCGGCUAUGAAAAUUGAAAGCUUAGAAAACAUGGAGGCAUUGUACAGCGGUUUCUGGGCGCGAGCUGUGACGACGAGCUUGGCUGUGCCGUUAGUGCCAGUACUAGUUUGGUACGAGAGGUGGCGGCUAGCGUUCUUUGUAUUCUACGUAUGCGUGUUCGUCCACGGGAGGUAUAGACUUGGCGAGGCGCUGGGGAAGCUGAAUGAAGCUCGUGGGUCGCUAGCGAGAUUCCGCCGCGCGACGCCAGAGGAGCUGUCUACCCUGGAGGACGUGUGUGCUGUCUGCCUGGGCAGCAUGCGGUCGGCGCGGGUGACGCCCUGCGCCCACUUCUUCCACGCAGACUGCCUGCGACGAUGUCUCGCCGCCUCGGACCGGUGUCCCAUAUGCAUCAGACCAUACGUGUUCUGCUGAUGUUAAAAAAUACGACUUAUCGAUAAAGACUGUUCGGAUUCACGAUGGGUCAGUCGGGAAUUCGAUGUUCGUUUUCGAAUUGUGCUCGACUGAGUGUUGUGAUGGCCUGACGAAGGCGCUAAAUGUUAGAGUAAGCUGCAUGACACAGUAUUUUUUAAUUUUUCAUUGUAUCUGCCUGCCUAGUAACCCACUGAAAGCUUUAUUAGGAUGUAAAUAUUAAUUAUUAAUAGGAGCACUGUAGUUUUGUCGUAGAAUAUUGUUCACAUUGUCGUACUUAAAUGUAAAUAGUUUUAAAUUCUAACCGAUAAUUUUAUAAAAUUGUAUUAGUUACUAAGCUGUAGAACCCAAAUCAUUAUUCUGGGGUCCAAAUAAAUACCGUAUUUUGUAAGGAAAACUGAAUAAAAUUAAUUUGAAGUAGGUA